AAAAUCUAUGUUUUUUUUCCAACAUUUACUGUCAAGUGUCAUUUACUAAAUUAUCAUAAAUUAUAAACAUUAUACACUAUUUGAUUAUAACCUACCGUAUUAAAUUGUUUGUAAUUCAAUUAUUGAUAGGUGCAUAAUGGAUUCUGAUAUUGAAGUAGAAGAGUGCGAAGAGUUUUCUUAUAGAGGAAACGCUGGAACUAUAAUUCUUAUCAAUGUAUACGAUCCCCUAUCGUGUAAAUUCCCACAAAUUGCGCAUGUUGCAACGUGUCAGGCACUCAAACAUUAUCUACGUACAUCUACUUCGCAUAAUGUAGGUGUUGUCUUAUAUGGUAUUGAUGAUCCAACUUCGAACAUUAAAAACGUAUUAGAAGUUAUGCCAUUGGCGCCACCUAACAUGGAUGACUAUAAAAAACUAAAAAACAUCAACAUUCUAGCUCUCAAACAAGCAAAAGAAUUAAGAUUGUCAGAUGCGUUAUGGUACUGCAAUAAAAUGUUUAAUAGUUGUACAAAAACACUAUCCUCUCAAACUAUUAUUCUAUUGUCAAGACUUGAUACACCACCUCUGUCUGAGGAUGAAACACCAACAUUUGAUAGAAUUGUUGAAUUGAAUAAUUCUGAGAUAAUUCUCAAAUUAAUUAAUUUGUCUGACUCUGAAUAUGAAAUUCAUCAAUUUUAUAAAGAUUUGCUAUUUGAGGUAAAUAAAAACUCAUUGCCAAAAUCAGUUUGGAAAAUUGAAGAUGUUACAAAGUUAAUUCUAAAUGAAUGUGACCGUCAUUUAGCGACCGCUCAGCUUAUUUUUGAAAUUGGGAAUAAUGUAUCAAUUGGUAUUUCUAUCUAUAAACUAUUGAAAAGCAACAUAGAACCAAAGAAAGUGUAUUUAAGUAAUGAAACAAAUGCUGUUGUAACUAGUGACACUAAAACGACUAAAGUUUUGGUAAAACCUGAUACUGAUAUGGAUAUUGAUAGGGUUGAAGAACAAGAAAUGCCUUUACUUAAGUCUGAGCUGCUUCACUGUCAAGAAUAUGGCAAUGAGAUUAUAGCAUUCACUGAUAAUGAAUUUAAAACUAUAAAUAACCCAUUUGGUCCAGCGAAACUAAAACUGUUGGGAUUCAAACCAGAAACUUUCCUCUGUAAAGAGAAAUGGUUUUUGAAAAAUUGUUCUUUCUUAUUCCCUAAUGAAAAAUCAAUAGAAGGUUCUACAACUGCUCUCAAGGCAAUGCACCAAGCAUGUAUUGAAACAAAAACUGUAGCUAUUUGUGUGAUUUGUUCUAGAAUAAAUUCUAAACCUAACAUAGUGGCUCUUUCACCCUGUACUCGGCCCCUUGGUUUAGAUAUAGAUAUUGGAUUUGAUGUCAUACCAUUACCAUUUUCAGAAAAUGUAAGGGAUCUCUCAAGUCUUUUUUCAGAUGAAAUAGCAGAUACGUCAGACACACAAAAAGAUAUGCUCAAAAAUAUUAUUAAUAAUGUAAAGUUUAAUUACACUCCAAGCAUGUUUGAAAAUCCUAAGUUGCAAUCAUUGUAUAGAGUUAUUGAAGCAAAAGCAUUAAAACAAGAUGACAUAGAGCCUUUUGUUGAUACCACAAAACCACUAAAUAAAAUAUUUAAUGAGAUUGAUGGGGAACAAUUUUAUGAACUAUUUGGUCCAUUCGGAGUAACCGCAGUCAAAAGAAAUAGUGAAACAAAACCAGCUAAUACCAAACUACAAAAGACUGCUGAUGUCAAUAUUGAUGUAUUAGAUCAAAGAGUUAAAGACAGAAAAGUAAAUAUGUAUACUGUACCCCAACUUAAAGAUAUACUGAAACAUAAGAAAGCAACAGAAGCUCUGACAGGUUUAAAUAAAAGUAAUCUAGUUGAUUUAGUUUACAAAUAUUGUAGUUAAAACAUAUUUUAAAGGGGAUGAUUAAAACAUAUUUGAAUUUAAGAUGUUAAAAAAUAAAAUUGAUAUUUACUAUA